CGACCAGCCACAGAGAGGGAGGGAGAGAGACAAGUCGUCCCGCUGUUCCUUGCUUGCUUGUUCUCGUCUUCCUUCCUUCCUUCCUCCCUCGCAGCUCUGCUCUACUACUACUACUCUCUCUCCAUCAUUAUUGUUCCCCACCCAACAUCACACAACUCCCCUCUCUCUCUCUCUCCCUGUCCCUCUCUCUCUCGUCAGUCAAAUCAAAGCCAAGGAGCCGAGGAGUGAGCAAGAAAAGAAAGGAAAGGAAAAGGAAAAGAAACGCCUCGCCUCGCCUCGCCUCCUCCUCGGACUCCGGCCGGCGAGCCACCUCAGCACCUCACCGCCGUCGGUCCAAGCAAGCAUGGCAGAGGAGGCAACUAAUGAGAGGGGCAAUAACAUCCAGGGAUUGAGUUGAGGUCAACAAGCUGGGAUACACGAGCAAAGGGAAGUGAGUCGAGGCGCGAGUUCCUGCACCUAUGGUGAUAGCAUCUGGAGCUGUCGACAGGGGGCACCUGUCGCCCUUUGCCACACUGCCAGAAUCAUCAUCCUCGUCAUUCUUCUCAGAGGAUCUCGUCCCUGCUGAGAGGCAAGUCAGAUUUUGGAAACCAGAGUCAAUGGUCGACCACAAAGGCACUGAGUGUAUUCGUUCAUGUCCAUUAAUGUCAGGAAGCAAGUCAGCUUUCGCUUCUCCACUUGAUAAGGUCCAUUCCAUGGGAGCAAAUACUGUUAGUGGUUUGGAACAUCCACGAGGGCAAGCCUUCAAGGGUCAACUGGACAUGCUUAGCCUUGGUAAUUUGAUGGGCCAAGAAGAAAAUACUUCAAGCCUACCAUCAAUUUCAUGGGGAGAUAUCCUCGGUAGCUCCAGAUCCAGUCUUGGCUCCUCUACUAGAGGGGCAGCUUUUGUUGAACCAACUAGUGCUGACCAACAUGUGCGUGAUUAUGGAAACUACCUUUCAUCCAGCUCCUUAUCCGAAGUGUUCAUUAGCAAAUCAAGGAUGAUGGUAGGUGACGUUCCUGGCAAAUCUGCUGAUGCAAUUAACUCUGGUUGCGAGGGAGAUGAACCUCUAGGAUCCAUGAAAGAAAUGGAAGCUCAAACUAUUGGAGACCUCCUUCCUGAUGACGAUGAUUUGAUAUCUGGAAUCACUGAUGGCUUCGAAUGCGCUGGCUUGUCUAACCAGGAUGAUGCUGAUGAAGAUAUAUUCUACACUGGAGGAGGUAUGGAGCUAGAUAAUGAUGAUUCCAGCAAUAGUGACAAAUUUCAUGAAAGAUCCUUCGAUAGUCAGCUUUCUCGGAAGCACUCUAUUAGUAAACACCCUUCCAGAGCUCUCAUUGUAAAAAAUAUUAACCCGAGCAUUGAAGAUUCUGAGCUAAGGGUUCAAUUUCAGCAAUAUGGGGACAUACAGGCUCUCCACACGUCCUGCAAGAACCAUGGAUUUGUUACAGUGUCUUACUAUGACAUAAGAGCUGCACAGAAUGCAAUGAGAGCACUCCAUAACACACCUCUGGGGCUGAUGAACCUUGAUGUUCAAUUUUCCAUUACUAAGGAAAAUGUUCUAAACAGAGAUGCCAACAAUGGAAUACUGGCUGUAUCUAUCUUUGACUCUUCCAUAUCCAACCAUGAUCUUCUCCAAAUAUUUAGUGUUUAUGGCGAUGUCAAGGAGAUUCGCAAGGCCCCUACAGGAAGCAAUAAGAUAUUUGUAGAAUUCUAUGAUGUCAGAGCAGCAGAAGUAGCGCUGAAUAACCUUAACAAGGGUGAUAUGUCAUGCUCAAAAAUCAAGGUUGAGCAUAGCCGUUCUGGAGGGGCAGGAUUAUGCUUCAUGAAGCAAUGUUCCGGAGAAUGGAAGCAGGAUACUGUAACUCUCCAACUUAAGAACUCUCCACCUGGGACUAUUGGAAAGUCAGACCCUAAAAGUUGGGAGAACGGCACCAUUCAUAAUUUAUAUACUCCAGUUAGACCACAGCUCCAUGGCUUCUCUGUGAAUGGUUCUCCGAAGCUGUCAUCACCUAUUAGAAUUGAACCUACACGUCAGCACAACAAUCAAGCUACCCUUGGUGAAUUUAAUGGGUCGCUCAGUCAUGGAAGCUUUGGACGUGGACUGCAAGUCUUCCACCCACACUCACUGCCAGAGUGUCAUAAUGGCAUUUGCAAUAGCAAGUCCAUGACAUUAAAUACCAGGAAUUCGGGCUUCAGGCUAGCUGAAGGAGUGGACUAUAAUAACCAUAAAAUCUGCUCCUGUGAUCGUCAUGGUCAUUCCUCUGAUCAAAGUGAAGCACUUGGAGUUACUGAAAUUGGAAGUUGCCCCCUUCAUGGACAUCACCACACCUGGAAUAACUCAAAUGGUAUUCCUCAGAGCCCCUCUGCUCCAAUGUUGUGGUCCAACUUCCAUCAACCAAUGCAUAUGCAUGGCUACCCUGCCAUGCCACCUCAUUUGCGGAACACUGGUGCUCAUCCUAUGGAGCAACAUCACCUGGGUUCAGCUCCAAGCAAUGUUGGUGGUUUUGCAAAUGUACAUUCCUUUCAUCCAGGAUCACUUGAAAACGUAGGGUUUCCUGGUAGCCCUCAACUCUAUCCAUCAGAUAUCCCUGUAUUUGCACCUGCCAGAGGAAAUUACAGGGAGACCAUGUUCUCCCCUGUGAAUGCUGGGUUUCCGUCACUUCAACAAAUAUUUCAUGCAACGAACGGAAGGAGUCCAAUGUUGCGUGUUUCUACUUCAUAUGAUGCCACUAAUGAUCGGAUCAGGAGCCGCAGGCAUGAUGGAAAUGGUGCCCAGUCUGAAAACAAGAAGCAAUUUGAGCUUGACCUUGACCGGAUUGCGAAGGGUGAAGACUCGCGCACUACACUGAUGAUAAAAAACAUUCCUAACAAGUACAACUGUAAGCUACUUUUGGCUGUCAUUGACGAGAAUCACCGAGGAACAUAUGAUUUCAUCUAUCUUCCAAUUGAUUUUAAGAACAAGUGUAAUGUGGGCUAUGCUUUCAUCAAUAUGAUUGAUCCACAGCACAUAAUUCCAUUUUACAAGACAUUCAAUGGCAAGAAAUGGGAGAAGUUCAAUAGUGAGAAAGUGGCAUCACUUGCAUACGCCAGGAUCCAGGGAAGGAAUGCUUUGAUUGCCCAUUUUCAGAAUUCUAGCCUGAUGAAUGAAGAAAAAUGGUGCCGUCCUAUGCUUUUCCACAAAGAUGGUCCAAAUGCUGGAGAUCAGGAGCCUUUCCCUGUAGGGAACAAUGUCCGGACUCGUUCUGGGAGAAACAGACCGCUCACUGGUUCAGACACUAAAGAGGGAAGUCCAUCGACCUCACCUAACUAAGAAAAGCGUAGCGAGAGAGCCCAGUUCAAGUCUGCUCCCAACUGGGGAUUAAGUAAUGUUUGAUCACUAACUGGAGGCUGAAGAACCUGUAAUAAACCAUUCCCUGUUUUGAUUUCUCUCUUUCUUUUUGUCCUCAUCGGCAAGGCUGUGACAUGAGUUCGACGAUUAGCAAGAACUCUGCUCUGCAUGGGCCUGCUGAAGAUUCGCCCUAAAUUAUGCCUCAGUUUUGCCUUAUAAUCGGAGCAACCUAUAUGUACGGAGAAGAGCAAGCAGGUGAAGAGCAGAAAUGGUAGAGGUGCUGUGUUUCAGGCGUUGAGGCGGGUGAAAAUGAAUUUGUACAGCAGAAUUAUCGAGAUUGUGAAACGCUAAUCAACUUGAAUUGUUUAAUUUAUGUUCAUUUUGCCA